CAAACUAUAAACAUUGUAGCUAGAAGUCCAUGCCUGAAGUACCACGAGUGAACCUUUUUUUUAAAUUUUGAGUUUGUUUUUAUUAAUUUUUCAAAGAGAUUUAUUUUAAUAAGGUACUUUUGUAAGAGUUGGUGCUGACAUUCAGCCAGGAUCAUGGAAGAAAGAGAAAACGGGGCAGAAUAAUCUUGUUUUAAGGAAUAUGGCAGGUAACUAGACAUGGACGAAUCUGAUGAUGAUGUCACCGUACUUUCUGCAGAAGCUGCCGCUGCGCUUCGGGAGUUUUACAUGGAACAGGAAAUAAUGAGAAAUUCUUAUUGUGACUUAGAAGAGUCAGUCGUUGAAGAAAGCUCGCCUUUUAAAGAAGAUUGGCAACUCAGCCAGUUUUGGUACGAUGAUAAAACUGUAAAAACGAUAUGUGAUGAAAUCUGCAGAGUUUGCCCUGCAGGAUCCAAAGUGGCGUUAAUAUCGGCGCCAACUUUGUAUAAAAGCCUGAAAAAAAUGAGCGAAAAUUCUAUCGAAGUGAAAUUAUUCGAAUACGACUCGAGAUUCUCAGCGUACGGAUCGGAUUUCCAUUUUUACGACUACAAGUCGCCGUUAGACCUUCCGACUAAUUUUUCCGCCUAUUUCGAUUUGGUAGUCGCCGAUCCUCCAUUCCUUUCGGAAGAGUGUCUUACUAAAACAGCUGUGACAAUCAAAUUCCUCGCAAAAUCAAAAAUAAUUCUAUGCACAGGUGAAAUCAUGGAAGACUUAGCAAAAAGAUUACUGCAAGUAAAGAAAACACCGUUCAGCCCGGAGCACAGACACAAAUUAGGAAAUACAUUUGCAUGUUUUACAAAUUACAAUGAUAAAUUUGUAGAAUAUGAAUAAUUUUUUUAAAAUAUUGUUUAACAUUUUUACAUUUCAUUGUUGUCGAUAGUUUAGAAAAAUUGUAAAAUAAACACAAGAUGUA